CAAAAGUCAGGUGAUUCAAGCCAGCGCCAAGUGCUGUUCGACACUAGUACUAGCUGAUGAGAACUGUUCCAGCGCAUGUUGCAAUAUGACUGACCUCAGCUAUUGCUAUCUCCAUAUGAGCGACCAGAAGGUCGCGAGCUUCGACUUCCACGACAAGAUACGAUUUAAAGUCGAGGAGGAUGUUGAUGACUUCGAAAUAUCUGAAGAAUAUAUACCACCCGACCCCGAUGACACUGACUGCUUGCCCUCACAAAUGCAUACAUCGUAUCCUUAUGGAAAUCCAACCCACAGAAACCACCCGGCUGCCUUAGGAACCUACCCUUUUGGUUUUGGCUAUGCCCACCUAUAUUCCCAAAUUAACUACGAUGCAUCCUCCCUCACACGCCGGCCGGGUUCACCAUCGCGACCAAAUGCAUCAUCAUCAAUUGUAUACGACUCUUCACUAGGACCAUUGAAAUGGGAUGAUUUGGCAUUGGACCAGCUACUCCCGGCAGAUCCCAAAAAGCUGGAGGCGGAAUGGGCGGCAAAGGCACGUCGCAGUGCUACUGGAGCAGCACAAAACGCCGGCGUCUCCGGCGCCGCAGCACCACCGCCACCCGGUGCAGAUACUACAGAUGAACUGGAAUAUGCAGAGCAGCGAAGCGAAUUGAUGGAGGAGGAAGACGAGGAGCAGGGAACGAGUGAGGAAGAUGCAACAGGGUCAGAAGAGGAGGAGUAUUGAAAGAACUGUCUCGGGGGGAUUCGACUGAGCGUUAAACACCAAAGAAGUUCGUCGAAACGUACUCAACAUGCGCAAUCAUCUUAGAUGUCAGAAUCAUUGGAACUUCCUCAAAGCUUGUACCUCAUCCAGCAGGGCCUGCAGUUUAUCGUCCUCUAUUUUCAACAGACUGGAUGACGGGAUAGGCGUCAGGUUGUUUGGGGCCAAAGCAUGUCAGUAUUGUCUACCUUGGAAUGCAAUUCCUAGCUUCUUCGAUAUCAGCAGGACACAAGUUGGCUAUUUGAGCCACUUCAAACUGAGUCAAGUCCGGCUGCUGCUUAAAUAUCCUAUGCCAGGAAAGCUAAGUAUGUAGGCACCAACAUUCUCUCGUGGAGGCUCUCACUCUCGAAGGGCAAGUAUGGUGUCACGACUGCCAAACUUGGAAAAGUCGUUCACAUAGCGAACGGUCUU